AUGGCGGCUUGGAACCUUCGUUUUGGCCGCACUUGUGUAACUUUAACGAGUCAAAAUGAUAACACAGCGUUAUACUUGCCGUCGAUUAAAAAGGAUUCUCGAGAAUGGACUCGUAGUUGUGUGGAAUGUGAACGUUCAAAAAUUACGAAACAUGUUAUCACCACACCAGGAAUUUUCAAACUACCAUCUCGGAGGUUUGAACAUGUUCACAUUGACAUUGUGAUCAUGCCGAUGUCGGAAAGAUGCGGGUACUGCCUGACGUGUGUUGACAGAUUCUCCCGCUGGCCGGAGGCUAUUCCAAUGGAAGAUCAAGAAGCUGAGACGGUCGCCCGGAAAUUUUAUACUCAUUGGGUAGCAAGAUUUGGAACGCCAUUAAGAAUUACAUCCGAUCAAGGACGACAAUUUGAAUCACACUUGUUUCGUGAGCUGAAUCAACUGACAGGCGCAUCCCACUACCGCACUACGGCAUAUCAUCCAGCAGCCAAUGGAAUGGUGGAAAGAUUUCACCGUCAACUAAAAGCAGCAAUUACACUACCGUCCGAAAUUUGUAAGUGUCAUCAACACUCACGAUGGACUGAAAUCUUACCGACAGUGUUGCUUGGUAUUAGAGCAGCAUGGAAGGACGAUCUCCAGUCAACAGCAGCAGAAAUGGUGUAUGGGCAAACGCUUAGAUUGCCUGGCGAACUUCUGACGUCAUCAUCACAAUCAUCUACAGCGACAGCAGAAUACGUUCAAACUCUCCGCAACCACAUACAACAACUGCGUCCAGUCAACGGAAGCAGACAUGGAGAACGGCGAACAUUUAUUUUCAAAGAUCUCGCCACAGCUGAAAGUGUAUUUCUUCGACAUGACGGACCAAAAUCACGACUGCAACUACCGUAUGAUGGCCCGUUCAAAGUUGUAUCAAGAUCUGAGAAGGCCUUCAAAAUCAACAUGAACGGUAGAGAAGUCACGGUCUCUAUUGAUAGGCUCAAACCAGCCUAUGUUAUGGAAGACAAUGACGACAACUUUGACGAUAACAACGAGGAAAGCGACGAAGAGGAGACUGUUGAGAUAAUUCUCAACCCAAAUAAUGUUCCUGUACGACGAGUGGCAAAUGAGCCACCACCUAGAAUCGAAAGAGUGCCAGAUCCUGUUCCAGCUGUUCCACAAGCCGUCCUGCACGAAAAUAUUCGUACCCGUUCAGAUAGACGAGUACGAUUCACGGAUAGGUACCAAGCUGGUUUUUCGUGA